UUGCCAGAUGUACUUAGAAAGUUCGGUGCUGUUGAUGUGUUUUCUGUGUUUAAAUGUAGAUUUGUGCUGCGAGAAUCUUUCAACGACUUUGUUAAGGUUUUUGACAAAUCUGACAAAGUGUUAUCAAGUGCUGUUUGUGGUCAAAAAAGUCCCUUUGCAGUUGUUAAUUCUGCUCCAMKGACAACUUUCAUCUCGCUUAAGUCAGAUGGAGGCUUGGAGAAGAGUGGAUUUCAAGCUGGUUACUUUUUUCUAAGUGACAAAGAUAGAGUCAUCCAACUAAAACAGAACAGCAAAAAUUCCACAGCAGCCUCACUGUUUUGGAGUUACCCUUCGUCCAGUUCAAUCGAUACGUUUUAUGUUUUAUGCAAACAAGAUCAAGUAAACGAAAACUGGAAAGUCGUUAAAACAGCAGCGUUAGCUGCAACCAUCGAUGGCCUUCUUCCUUCUACACCAUAUAUAGCCAAAGUCAUUGGAAAUAGCAGUGAUGCAGUUUUUUGGAGUAGUCCAGUUCAGUUUGUAACAUCACAUCCAAUCCUGUCGUGCGAGUGUAGAAGUGGAUACGCAGGGCAGUAUUGUGAGAAUGAUAUCGAUGCUUGUAAAGUCAAUCUAAAUCCAUGUUAUCCUGGUGUUGUUUGCAAAGAUCUUCCUCCUCCAGCAAAUGAGAGUGGGUACGAGUGUGGACCCUGUCCAUCUGGAUUGACAGGGAAGGGUGACUCAUGCCAAGAUAUUGAUGAAUGUCAAGACGGCUUAAAGCGUUGUUCAAAAUAUUGCUACAACACCCCUGGGUCGUUUAUUUGUGGUUGUGAUGAUGGGUACUCACUUCAAAAUGAUGGUUAUACUUGUCAGGAUAUAAAUGAAUGUCAACCUUUAGCUGAUUGUAUGCAGAAAUGUGAAAAUACUCCUGGAAGCUAUCAAUGCAGUUGCAACAGUGACUUCAAAAUGGACCCUUCUGAUCCAAAAAAAUGCAUCCCUAAAUUUCCGUGCAAAGAUGGAAGUCACGGUUGCCAGCAUGUUUGCUUUGAGUCUAAUGACGUAGCUACUUGCGCCUGUCAUAUGGGAUAUCAGCUGAAAUCAGACAAAAAGUCAUGCACAGAUAUCGAUGAAUGCAACGAAGGAAAGGCCAGAUGUAACCAGCUUUGUUACAAUAAUGAAGGCAGCUAUGAUUUGUUCCUUGACGUCUCGUUUUAA